AUCAAUCCACAUUGUAGACAUAGUAGACAAAUGGGAAGACAAGGUUAAUGGUAUUUCAAUCAUGGAACGCGACAAUAAAAUUGUGUUGAACAAAGCCGGUGAAUUCAGCUUGAGUUGGGAUGGAAUUGGACGCGUCAAUAUUAAACUUGAUGACACUUACAAAGGUCACGUAUGUGGGCUGCUGGGAAAUGCAGAUGACAAUCCAGAUGAUGAUCUUAUGGAGUUAACAGCAGAUGGUUUGAAGUUGACAACGAAUACAGACGAAUUCGCAAAAAGCUGGGAAAUACCAGAUAGUUGUCCAUCUAAAUAAUAUACAAAACGACCGAUACAUGUGAUAGUUGUUACUGACAAUAACGUUGGGAUACUAGCCAAGACGAUGUUCUACUGGUUUGUUGGCGGCAUUUUUGCAUUGCUUAUUUAUUUCACUGCUCGUGCAUUGUAUAGUUAUGGAACAGACGUUAUUAUCGUCCGCACUCCUCGUUAUAAAUGCACAUGUCUAUUAAGGUUUGCUAUAUGCAUGUAUAGUAGCGAUUAUCAUUAUAGGUGUUUCUAUAUCAAUGAUCAAUAAAAAUGAAUUUGGG